AUGGGUUCGGACGGUCCUUUCGGCCCCGUGGUCAACGGCACCCAGAUAGUCUUCUUCGAAUAUCGCCCUAACAAAACUGCGGCCUUUUCGUUUAUUGCUCUUUUCGCCUUAGCAACGUUAGGUCAUUUUAUUUACUUCGCGCUUCGUGCCUGGUUUUUUCUUCCAUUUAUUUUGGGCGGGAUCGCCGAAACGUUUGGGUAUUAUGGCCGCGCGUGGGCUUCAGAUUCACCCGAUGAACUCGGCCCGUUCAUCAUGCAGAACUUGCUCAUUCUGGCGGCACCUCCUUUCCUAGCAGCGACCAUUUAUAUGACUCUGGGCCGGAUUAUUACCUCCCUCGGGGCACAGCGCCGUUCGUGGAUAAAGCCGAGCUGGAUAACGAAGAUAUACGUCCUCAUCGAUAUCGGUUGCAUCGUAACCCAACUAGGAGGUUCGGCGAUUCUCGCAUCUGGGGACCCAUCAGCUAUCAGCAAGAGCAAAACAAUUCUACUCGCCGGCUUGAUCACCCAGAUCGUCACGUUAUCAUUCUUUGUGUUAAAUUCGUGGCAUCUAUACAGCCGAUGCAAGCGAGAUAUGUUCCUAGUUGCUGAGAAGGACCUGCGAUUUAACUGGCACAAUCACUUCAGGGCUAUCUUGGUUGUGGCGCCGGUAAUGAUCGUGCGAAGUAUUGUGCGGACUGUCGAGUUCCUUCAGGGUAAUACGGGGUUCGUUGCCUCGCGUGAGGUUUUCAUUUAUGUUUUCGAUGCGUUUCUUAUGUUCUUUAUAAUGUUGGUAUUUCUCAUUAUUCAUCCUGGAAGGCUUGUUCGGGACGCCCGUCGAAUUUGA